GCGUGUCAGUGUCGUGUAUGCAUUCGAACCGAUUCGUUGUGCCGAGAGCAGCCAGCAUAUUUACAAAGCGCGCGUCAGCGUCUAGCAAAACUUCAGCCGUGUGUUUUGUUGGUGUCCGUCCAAUGGAGAAGCCAAGUGCAAAGCAAAAUUGAAUAAUUUUUUAGUGUGUCGCGUGUGUGUGAGUGAGUGUGAGUUGUGUGCGUACGUGUAUGUGUAUGUUUUGUUAUUCGUAUUCGUAUUAUUUGCUUGCCAUGCCAAAAAUAUAAAGUUUGAUAUCAAAAUCUAAACGGCAAAGCUGAAGUGCAUAACAGUUACGAAGGAAAUUGAAACCAAACGUGAAUUGAAACGGCAAACGACGACAGGCAGCUGAUUCAGCGAAUAUUUUGCUAAUUUUGCAGCAAUUAGAAAAGAAAAACAACAACAACAUCAACCACAAGAACAUUCAAGCAGUGCCGGCUGCUGCGCCGCUGCGUCUGUGUUCCACAAGGAACCAACACCAACAAAAACAAAUGCGUGUCUGUGAGGGGCGCAUUUGCAUAAAUAUGUAAGGCUGCCCGGCCUGGACCGCGCCCGUUGUAGUUGCCGUAACUCCCGUUGCGUCUGCUUUAUCAAGUGUCGAAAAAUAUAAGAGAAAGUAAAUUGUGCAAAAUUGUUUAAAUUGGCUUUGGGUGUCGUCGUUUUCAGGCCAUUCUCAGUGUCUUAUAUUUGUGUAUGUGUGUGAGAGAGAGGGUGUGAGAGAGAGAGAGAGUCCAAACAGUGUGUAAACGCAAUGGCGCUAAGCCCCGAGCAUCAACGCUGAGCAGAGUGCAAAGCUUGUCGACAGAUUCUAAGUUGAAAACGUGAAGCGGCUGAGCGAAUAUCCAGCCCAACUGCCAAAAUGUCAACUUCAACGAUAACAGCAACAACAACAACAACAGUCGCACCAGUAGCAGCAGCAGCAGCAGCAGCAACAGCAACAGCAAACACAGCAUCGACUUCAGCUGCGUCGCCCCCGCCAACUGCGAGCAGCGGACGUAUUGCCGACUGCCGUAAAUUCUCACCAAAUAUAUUCAACAAGAGCAAAUGCAGCCAUUGUUUUCGUCAGCGAGAGGAGCACAGCGCCGCUGCCUUGGAAUGCAAUAGGUCAGCGACUCUGGCAGGCACAGCAUCGCGUAAAGUCUCCAAAUGUGGCUAUUUAUUUGUUGCGCCGGAUUGGGACUUUUCAAAUCCAUUGUAUCGGACAAAGCGUUGGCAAAGACGAUGGUUUGUUCUCUACGACGAUGGUGAGCUGACUUAUUCAGUGGAUGAUUAUCCCGAGACAGUGCCACAGGCUUGCAUUGAUAUGACCAAAGUACUCGAAGUGAGCAGUGCCGAGGAGGUUACAGGCCAUACAAACUCGAUUGCCAUAACUGCACAGGACCGCGUGACCUUCGUCAAGGGCAUUAGUCCAGAUGAGUCGCAGUGGUGGCUCAAUAUAUUAACUGGCUUUCCCAAAUGCAAGGGCCGCCACAAGCGCAGCACCACACUGCCAGGCGGUCAGAUCAGCUGCCUAAGGCAGUCCUCGAAUGUGGACAUGGCAGUCAAGUUGGGCAACCGCCAUAGCUCCUACCACAAGGACACGCUAACGUCUUCGCAGUCGGCCGGCAAUCUGCUAUGUAGCCUCGACGACUCCAGCUCGCCGAACACAGUUAGUCUCUCAGUCACUGCUAUGGCAAAUGACGACGAGGACGAUGGGGUCGAGACAGGCGAGGAUGAGGAGGACGAAGACGAGACUCAGCAGCGGCAAGUUUCAAACUCAAGGAAGACAAAAACAUCGUCUUCAUCGAGCUGCCAUGGCGGACAGGACGAGAACAAUCGCAAUGCUGGCAAUGAGAUCACAAACCGGGUGUCUCAACCCACGGGCUGUUUGCUGAUCGAGGACAUGCGACGAGAUGAGAAAUCCAUCAAGGACAUUGCUAACACAAAUCUAAGUCAACACCAGAACAAGCGUUGGUCUACGGCUGUCAACAAUGCCCUAAACAAUCACCAUCAUUACCAGUACCAGACAUCGCGUGAUGAGACCGAUUUCCAAGUGACGUCCACCGGCAAAUCGACGAGCGCAAGCUCCGAGCAAACGAGUGUCAAUCUGAGACCAAAGUCAUUACCAUUGGCGGCCAACUCAACGCCAGCAAUUGUAUCUGCAAUAGUCAAAAAGAUACCCACAGUGUUGGUGUCCCAGCAGCAACAACAACAACAACAACAGCAGCAGCAGCAACAACCUAAGCAAGGAGUAGAGAGCGCAAAAAACGGAAAAGCCGGCGCCCGAUUGCAAUUGCAGCUAAAACCCGCAAAGCAUUAUCAGCACGAACGUGGCGAUCCCGAUGGCGGUUGUAAUCUGGACGAGCUGUGCGCCAACUACCUGGCCAAGGCGGAUGAGCUGAGACCUGCGAGCAAAGCCAAUAAGUGCACAGUGUCCAACAAGCCGUCAGCCAAAAGCCUAAAGGAUACGCUUAACGCGAAAAAAGGCUGGUUAAUGAAGCUGGAUAAUCGGACGGGCGAGUGGAGCAAGCACUGGUUCACGCUAUGUGGUGCGGCGCUCUUCUACUACAGAGAUCCGCUGUGCGAGGAAAGGGGCGUACUCGAUGGCGUCCUGGAUGUCAACAGCCUUUCGAAUGUAGUGGAAGAGCCCAGCGCCAGCAAACAGCAUGCCUUUCAACUGAUUACCUGGGACAAGCAGCGCCUGUUUCUAGCCGGCCUCUCGCCCAGCUCGCGCAAUAGUUGGCUGGUCGCACUGAGGAGUGCGGCAGGGCUACCGCAACAGUUGGAGACUUCGCCAACGACGGUGACGGCAUCGGUAAUUAAGCCGAGCGAAAUUGAGCAGGACUUUAUUAAGGCACAGCUUCAGACACACCCGCUCAGCUCUAGUCCGGCCACGCCUGGAACCCCGGCAAAUGCACCACAUUUCUCCUCUGAUGAGGAGUACCGCACGGCCUCUGAGGGCGGUCGUCGGGACAGCCUCGACUGGGGCUCACCGCUGUCACCUUCGCCACCUGUCUUACGCAGCUGUCUGCGCAAUCGCAGCUUGGCUAGUCUGCAUAAGCGCAGCCGCAGCUCUCCACCCAGCUCGCGCCGAAGUACGGUCGAUAGUGUGGCCAGCGAUGAGCUGCCAUUAAUGGCCGUGCCCGAAGAGAUGCGGCCAGACCGCGAGCUCAAGCAACAAUGCGAAACGUUGCGUACCGAAGCCAAGCUGCGCGAGGCACGCAUGUCGGAGCUGCUCACAACACUGCAGCGCACGGAGCAGGAGCUCACGGCCCGGCUGCAGGAACAACAGCAGCAGCUGAACGGUGAACUGGCGAGUGCCAAGCAAAGUGCAGCGGAGCUGGUGCAUAGCCUGAGCGUGCAGCUGACGGAGAGUCAGUGUACUAUCAAGCAGCUGGAGGAUCGUCUGGCGCAGGGCAUUGAGGAGAACGAGAGCCUGUACAAGCGACUGCGCGAAUUGCAGGCGGACAACAACCAGGUGCCCAGUCUCAGCAACUUGCAGCGUCACAAAAUGAAGCGCAUGGACUCACUCAGUGAUCUGACCACGAUAAGCGAUAUAGAUCCGUACUGCUUGCAGCGGGACUCGCUGGCCGAGGAGUACAAUGAGCUGCGCAGCCGCUUUGAGAAGGCGGUAAAUGAAAUUCGUGCUAUGAAACGUGAGCUUAAACAGUCCCAGAACCAGUACGAUGCGCUCGAAUUGAUCCAGACGGCACUGCAGCAGAAACUGGAACGCAGCCAGAUGGAAGAUGGGGCCCAACUCCAAUUGAUGGCUGCACGGAUUCAAGAUUUGACGAUCAAGUACAGCACUUCAGAGCGCCAGGUGCGAGCGCUUAAGCAGAAACUGGCCAAGUCCGAACGAAGGCGGUCACUCUCAUUAAAAGGCAAGGAGCAACUGGAGCUUAAGCUGACUGAGCUCCAAAGAGAAACCGUGGAGCGCAAGCCUGCAGCUAGCACUGUCCCAAGCACCGAGUCCAGCAGCGAUUCCAGUAUUCAAUCAUCGCCCUUGAACUCCCAUCUGCUGCAGCGUCUGCAUAGUCUAGAGCAUGUUCUGCUCAGCAGUAAGGAGCGGCUAGAACAGAGUCUAAACCAGCUGCAGCUGCUGCGCGCGGGCCAUCGCAGUCGUCGAUCCGUUUCGCCCCUCAAUGAGCGCAAGGACGGACUUAGACAAUUGGAACGUGCUCUUACCGAGACCUGCGUAAUGGUCAGCGAGCAAAUGGAGCUCUCGUGCCUGCAGGAUUCCUGCCAUAAGUGCUGCGAGUUUCGGCAACGCGUCGAGAAGCUGACAGCACUUCAUCAGCAGACCGAGACGGACCUCCAACGAAGUGAACAGCUGUUGGAGCAGCGUGAAAACGAACUGGCGAUCGCACUGGAGAAGUGCGCCAGCCAAGAGCAGGAGCAGCAGAAGCUGUUGAAGCAGCGCGACGAGCUAAGCGACGAGCUGGGCCGACAGCAGGAGCGUUGCAAACGGAUGGAGAAACGUCUCGAUCUGCUCGAAAGAGAGCACGGCAAACAGCUUGAGUGCCUCAGGGAGGUGUAUCGACACGAACAUGCCAAUGUCGCCGAUGAGCAGAGCUUUCGCAAACGUUAUCAGACGGAAAUCGAACAGCUGAGGACACUCUGCGAGAAGGGCCUGAGCGCUAUGGAGUCAUCGCAUCGUCGCCUAAUCUGCGAUAUGGAAGAAAAGCACAAGCAAGAAAUUGAGCGUCUGUUGGCGGAGAAGGAAACCGCUUUAGCUGAGGAAACACAGGCAACAUUGGCCGCCCUGGAUGCCAUGCGUAAGGCCCACCAGAGCGAAGUGCAACGUGAAGUGGCACGCUUCAAGGCGGAAUUUCUGCAUCAGGUACAGCGAGGCGAACACAUGCGUGGAGAUGGCGCUAAGCUGAAGGAAGAGGAGCUCGAUGAGCUGCGGCUAGAGAUUUUGUCAUUUUCCGAGAAGUACUCCAUAAAGUGCGUGGAAAACGCUGCGCUUGAGGAAAAACUGCACCUGGCCAACGGCAAGUUGAGGCACUUCCAACAAAUGCAACAGCUGGAGCUGAGAAAUAGACAAUUUCGCGCACACUUGGCCUCAGAUGAUCCUGGCAGCGAUGUGCACUUUGUCCAGGGGCUGACGACAGGUUCGAAAGAGGACGCUGCAUGCCAAGAUAGCGAGCCUGUUCAGUGCCCACCACAUAUUAUGGUUGAACCAAACACAACAAGAAUCAAUCCAACAGCAUCUAUAGACCCAGACACAGACCACGUAACAGCAUCGAGAGCGCCCGACAAAAUGGAGCAAAACCAGUUUGUGAUACCCUCCAAUAAGCUCAGUCGUUCCCAAACGUCUGCCACAAGCAAUUCUGAUUCCGGCAACGAUAUCGAAAGCACUGGCGAAGAGCUAGCCUAUGAGCCGUGCUACAAGCCCUGCGAUAUAUUUGCCAUAUAUCAGAAUCGUUUAUGUUUUCAAGGUCUAAAACCGAGCUCAACGUUUGGAAAGAAUUUACGAAAAUCCACUGCAAAACCAACAUCACCAGCAUCAUCAUCAGCAUCAGCAUUAGCAUCAGCAUCGGCAUCAGCAUCAGCAUCAGCAUCAGGUAUUAGAAGCCUGCCCAAUUCAAAGGGACCCAGUCACAAACGAAUAUAUAAAACAGCUGCCGUCAUUAACAUACAGCAACAGCACAACCCCGACAAUGCAAUACAAAAGGAAAAAGCACAAUGAACAACAAUGAAAUAAUGAAAAACAAAACGAAAAACAAAACAGUUGAAAAUGAAAAACCAUAACCAAGAACGAACAACAACAAAACCAGUGGAAUAACCAAAGAAUAAUUAGUGCUAAUAAUAAAUAAAUUAUUAUAAUAAAUAUUUAACAUAUAAAAAUAACUUAAACCAAAUGCAAAAUCGAACGGAAAUACAUAAAUAUAAACAUGGCUAAUAAAGAUGAUGUUGGUGAUGUUGCUGCAGCUUCUCGUAACUAAGAGCGAGAACGAGAAAAAGAUUGAGUUAUACUAACAACAACAACAAAUGUUCGCCCCCUUCCGCCGUAAGCUGGAAAGGACGUUGAGCAAUGGAAAAACUAAUCAUAAUAUCCACAGCACCAAUAACACUUACAACAACAAAAUCAUCGUAAACUAGCCACUAUUUAAAAUAUCAAUUAUUGGCAAGAAUUCAAUUUUCUAUUUGACGAAAUGGAUUUAUCAGUUAUUCUAUAAUCGUAUUGUAUCUGUUACAUUUACCCAAAAGUUUCUAUGUCCAUUAAAUGUGUCAUUUACUUAUGUAGUAUUUAGGACAAUCGAAAAAAAAAACAGACCAUAAAUGUUAUGCUCAACUAUUUAUACA